CCUGCGCCAGGCUGCGCCCACGGCGAGUUGACUUCCGCUUCCGGGUGGCGCCUGCAAGUCGGUGGCUGUUGAAGCUCAGCCAUCGCCAUGGAGUUGUUGGGCGAGUAUGUCGGGCUGGAUGGGCAACAGCAGCGGCUGCGGGUGCCCUGUGAGGUGCCGGCCGACGCCGAUCCUUACGAGACCCUGUUGUCUGGCGUGGCCCAGAUGAGAGACCUGGUGACAGAACUCUUCGGCCCCCUGGUACAGCAGGAAGCGCAAGACCGGGUGGCGGCUCCAGAAGAGGCCUUGGACGGUGAUGAUGAAGAUGAUGCAGAAGAUGAAAAUAACACUGAUAACAGAACUAACUCAGAUGGACCAUCUGCAAAACGGCCCAAACCACCAUCUUAAGAAUAGGUUUUAUGAAAUUUAAAAGACUGCUACUCUAUCUGAAUUAUCACACGCUGACAUUUAGGAAAGACUGGUGCUCUAAUUUGGAAAAGUAUUUGUUUUAUUCCCCUAGGACAAUUUUGUCAAAGAAAAAAAUGUAUCUUCUGUUUCCACCAAAGAAAGAUAUAAUAAAUGUUUAGUCUGUUUUCUUGAGUGAGAAAUAAAUUUGAUACUGUGGAAAUAACUAGAACACUCAAUGCUAUAUAAAAUCCUCUAAGUUGGCAACUGAAUAUUUGUUCAGUUUUCUACUUUUUAAAUAACCAUUGAAUUAAGUUGUGUGAUGUCUACAUCUUGUGGCUUCUGCUUGUUAUAAAAAGUACACCUCGUAAUCCCGCACAAUAACAUUUCAAAGAAGAUGUAAGUGGAGAAAAUCGGAUAUUAGAUUUAAGAAUGGCAGAUCUGUGUAAGAAGAAGGAAAAUGGGAAUAGAAAUACUGAAGAGGGAGAUGAGCCCGGAGAGAGACCCAAGGAAACCUGGAGUCCAUACUUACACCCAGUGUAUAGACAUCCAGAGGUGAUACCACUCAGUGAAUAUAUACAUUUAACUUGUAACUUAAGAGAACGAAGUUGGGCGUGCUUUUAUGCUGUAGCAUGUUAUGUAUAUAAACACAAAUGUAAGUCUUAAACAAUCUAUGUUGACUUUAACUUAAGGUAUUUCUCAUCCUGUAUCCUUGCUUUGAUUUUGCUUACCCCAAAGGCCUGUUGAAUCCUUUAAAAUACAUAUAUAUUCCUAAAAUAUGUGUGUGUAUUCCUUUUCGGCUUGUUGAUGGGACCAAGGCAUUUUUUAUUUCCUGUGCAUGUUUCCUGAUUCAUUUAGAUAGCUAAAAUGCAAAGAAAUCAAGUACAUGUAUCUAAGGAAAUACAAAUAGUUAUAGAAUUUUAGAGUUGGAAGUAACCUUACAGAUUAUAUAUGACUUAUUUCCAAGAUGAAUUGAACCUUAGAAGAGGCGUUGCCCUGAAUUUGAGCUAAAUAUUGGCAGAGAUGGGUUGUACACAUAGCCUUUAACAGAUUACCAAAAAACCCCAAAAGCAGAUUAUCAUAGUACUUUCCCAGUUACAUAUUCUGAAAUCUAUAGUUUACAAAGUACAUACAAUUAAGGAAACCGAAUUUAGAUACCUUUUCAUGUCUUUUUUUUUUUUUUAAUGUUUAUUUUGAGAGAGAGACAGACCACACAUGCAAGUGGGGGAGGGCUAGAGGGAGAGGGAGAGAGAAUCCUAAGUAGGUGCCAUACUGUCAGCAUGAGCCCAUCGUGGGGCUUGAUCUCACAACUGUGAGAUCAUGACCUGAGCUGAAAUCAAGAGUUGGACGCUUAACUGACCGAGCCACGAGGUGCCUGAUACCUUUUCAUAUCUUUGAAGUAUUGUUUUGCUUGGAACAUCAGCCUUCCACUAAGUGCUCUUAUGUAAUCAAAACAAUACCAACUAGGAAAAAAAAAAUACUAACUAGGAAAAGUUCUAUGAAUGGUCAGAAAUUGCCUUGUUUAGUUUGUGAUAAUGUCUCUAGUAUUGGGACUUCUCAGUUAUUGACUUAUGAUAAUCUUUUUCUUCAUACAAUCCUUUAAAAAAACUUACCAGCACAGUUAAAAUAGUUCAUAUGUUUUUUAAGUUUUUCUUUUUUAAAGUUUAUUAUUAUUUUUUUAGUAAUCUCUACAGUCAAUGUGGCACUCAAACUCAUGACCCAAGGAUCAAGAAUCACAUGCUCUCCCAGCCAAGCCAGCCAGGUGCCCCAAAAUAGUUCAUAUUUUUUAAGUAAUAGCUGGAUUUUGCUCCUGAAUAUUUUGCUUUCUUUACGUUUUUUAACUUUUUUUAUUUUUUUCCUUCUUUGUUUAGUAAAUAUGUUAAUAAAGAAGAAAUAUCAAGAUAUUUGUGCUUGUGGCCCAGUGUUUUGAGGUCUGGGUUAUAGGUCUGAUUGAUCUUUUACUUAAUUUUAAUACUGAUUUUUAAAAUUUUAAUGUUUAUUUAUUUUGACAGAGACAGCAUGAUUGGGGGAGGGGCAGAGAGAGAGGGAGACACAGAAUCCAAAGCAGGCUCCAGGCUCUGAGCUGUCAGCACAGAGCCCAACGCGGGGCUUGAACUCACAGACUGCUAGAUCAUGACCUGAGCUGAAGUCGGACGCUCAACAGACUGAGCCACCCAGGCGCCACCAUACUGAUUUUAAUACUGCCUGCUUCAUAAGUGAGCUACAUGUGUGACAAAAAAGAUCGGUGUGAUGGGGCUCCUGGGUGGCUCAGUCGGUUAAGCGUCCGACUUCGGCUCAGGUCAUGAUCUCACGGUCCGUGGGUUCGAGCCCCGCGUUGGGCUCUGUGCUGACGGCUCAGAGCCUGGAGCCUGUUUCGGAUUCUGUGUCUCCCUCUCUCUCUGCCCCUCCCCC